CUCCUUUGAAAAUGAAGAUCACCAUUAUGUGCCUUUGUUUGGCCAGCUCAAUAUCUGCUGCUCCACGUCAACCUUUCUUCAAUUACUUGCCUCACUAUGGGGGUCCAAGGCAAUCAGGACCACCCACACAAGUGAAUGAUUUCCUCUACCCAGCAGGCCAGCCUUACCCUCAGCCUGGACUCAACGGCCCUGUCAGCAUGGAAAUAGUGUUUUCACAGAGUUUUCCUGGCAUGUCUAAUGGUGGCCAGAUCAAUGGACCACAGUCCUAUCCCUCUCAAGCCUUCAUCAAAUAUUCCCUACCUAAGGCACCGGGAAGAAAGAGUGUAGAAAUUUACUACCCCUAUGACUUUGUGCAGCAAAAGUGGGACCUGGAUCAGAGUAGUUGA